AGCUUGAGUUAAAAAAAAGAAGAAAAGAAUAAAAAAUAAAACGUCGCCGUGCCCACUCUCCGAAACUCGUGAAAUCUUCUCCGUCGCCGUCGUCUCCUCAAAACCUGUCCCGUCGCCUCCAUAUAUCCGGCUCGCCAUCUUAGGUAGCUCCAAAUUGCUCCUCAAAUCGUUGUCGAUCGAGAUAGUUGCAGUUAUGUCUUCAGAGAUGGAAAAUUCAAGCUCAACAGCAAAACGCAAACUAUCGUGCACCGCUUGCUUUGAUGCACUCUGGUUCUGCUACUCUCCAGUUCAUCAAAUGCAGCAGUAUUACAGGCUUGGUACUCUUGAUAAUUGUUCUGGCAAAUGGAAAGCAAUGGUUGACUGCUUAAUGCUCAAGACCAAACCCAGAUCUCAGGUCGAGGUUGGUUCCUAUUUCCUCAUUAAUGGGAAGUCCUCGAAGCUCGUGAGAAAGCAAAACCACACAUCUGGAAUUUCCGAACACGAUAUGAAGCUUCACAAAACUGGCAAAGACUAUAUGGUCAUCUAGACAGGCCUGAAUGAGGAAAAUCAUAUUAACACUCAUUGCCUUCUGAUUUUAUUGGCGUUUUAGAGGAAGAGACUUUUAGAGACUGGAUAAAGUUUAUAUCAAACUGAAGGUGCUAGGAAGUUCAUAUUAAAUUUCUGUUAAUAAUGUUUUAAAAUUGCAA